AAGCAACUCCUCCUCUUCCGAGCGGGGUCACGAUACCGCCGGCGGGAUCCGGGUUUGUGAGAGUGAGGGCCGCUCGGCGGUCAGGGCGGCCACGGGCUGGAGCCAUGACCUCGAACCUGCGCACCGCGCUCAUUUUCGGCGGCUUCAUCUCCCUGAUCGGCGCCGCCUUCUACCCCAUCUACUUCCGGCCCCUAAUGCGGCUGGAGGAAUACCAGAAGGAACAAGCCAUAAAUCGAGCUGGUAUUGUCCAAGAAGAUGUGCAGCCACCAGGGUUAAAAGUGUGGUCGGAUCCAUUUGGCAGGAAAUAAAAAGGCUAUCACCACCUCUGAUUAUGAAAGUAGACAGAGUCUUCAUGCUUUCAGUUCUGCAGCAAGUACACGAAAUCACCUGGCUAAAGAAUGAUGGCUGGAGAAGAAAACUCUAGAAGGCUGUAAAGAAGAGUAGU